GUGGACAUGGCAUCUCUUAUCUUGACACAACCAUGGCAUUGCACACAUCCCGAUGAGCUGUACGCUAACAGUCGAGCAUAAGACACCGCAAGACCGCCUUUUGCAUUGGGAUCCGGUUUGAUUUCCGUCUUUCUUUCAGCGUCACAUCUAAUCCAUUCGUUGCUGGGUAUUCCCGGUUCGGAGUUCCCGGACGGAAGUGUUUCCGUCUCAUGUGCACGCGCUGAGCGUCAUAAGACGCCAUUAUGGAGGAGCAGCUUAUAUCGAAGGCCAUUCGCGACGGCGUGCCAUGGGACCAGCUACCCAAACGAGCGAAGCUCUUUCUAGGCUCAAACGACGAAUACAUUAGACGCGUGAAGGAGCAUUGCUUCCAGCUGCGCCUGCGCUGGCCCGAAAGCCCCGCAAAGCACCUGUGCCGCGAGUUGGACUACUACAACGAGCUCCUCGCGCACGGCCGCAAGACGCAAGCCCCGUUCCCGUACCACCUGGCGGACUACAUCUGCCGCGUGCUGCGCAUCUCCCCGUUCCGCUACUACAGCGACCUGCUGCUCGAUGUCAUGAAGCAAGAGAAGUCGUACGACACGAUCCCCAACUUCACUGCAGCGGACGCGCUGAGGGAGACAGGCAUCGGGCGCAACCAGUUCAUCGACAUCAUGAACCGAGCCCGGGCCAAGCUCAUGUGGCGGGUGAACCGCGGCAUAGUGAAGGACAUGCUGCCGCUGGAGCCGGUGCCCUUCCCCAUUCAGCCCUGGUGGCUCGUCUGCGUCGUCAACCUCUCCACGGACGAGUACAGGAGGCUCACAGAGGACGAGCUCUCCAUAGUAGAGCGGGGGGGGCGCGAGGGCGACUGCAUGGCGGGGGAGUUUGAUGAGGACCUGGUGCGGUCGCUGUAUGUCAAGGGGCUCAUUUACCUCGACGUGCCUGUCUACCCCAACGACAGAUUCCGAGUGUCGUCCCUCGAGGGCUUUGUGUCCAACAAAAACCAGCAGGAUGCAUCGGAAAAACUCCUCUAUUCAUUGUUUGUGACGGCCAGCGAGCAGGCAACUGUCCACGAGAUGGCGCUCACCCUGCAGGCCGACGUGCGGCAGCUGGGCGCCGCCAUCUCCCUGGCGUGCCGCCUGGGGUGGGCGGAGAAGGUGCUGGACCUGGAGUCGCUGCUGGAGCACAUGGACCUGGGGGGCGAGGGGGAGGGCGGAGAGGGGGGGGAAGGGGGUGGGGCGGACCGGCUGCGCAUCGCGCUGAUGGUGGACGCCAACCUCACCUCCUUCCUCAUGAUGGGGUCCUUUUCCUAUGUGUACUCUGCUUCUCCUAUGGUCAGUGUACUCUGCUUCUCCUAUGGUCAGUGUACUCUGCUUCUCCUAUGGUCAGUGUACUCUGCUUCUCCUAUGGUCAGUGUACUCUGCUUCUCCUAUGGUCAGUGUACUCUGCUUCUCCUAUGGUCAGUGUACUCUGCUUCUCCUAUGGUCAGUGUACUCUGCUUCUCCUAUGGUCAGUGUACUCUGCUUCUCCUAUGGGCAGUGUACUCUGCCAUCAUGUCAGUGUGGAGAGCUGAGGGCCGUGGAGAAGACCCAGCUGGAGGGCGACCUGCAGAAGUUCACAGACCGCGCCUUCAGCCUCUCUGCUUCCCUCUCCCGCUUGCUCACUCUCCCUUCCCUUUGCCCCUCUCCCACACAGAGCUGAAGCAGCACGCAGUAACUUUGUUUGAGGGCGGGAAAACUCUCAGAGAGAAGCGUGGCGGAGCUGUGUGGAGAGCUGAGGGCUGUGGAGAAGAUGCAGCUGGAGGGCGAGCAGCAGAAGUUCACAGACCACGCCUUCAGCCUCUCUCUUUCCUUCCCCCGCUUGACCUCUGCUUCCUUUCCCUUGCCUUGCCCCUCCCAGAGUUGAAGCAGCACGCGGUCACUCUGUUUGAAGCGGGCAAGCUGUCAGAAAGGAGUGUGGCCGAGCUGUGCGGGGAACUGAGGGCUGUGGAGAAGACGCAGCUGGAGGGCGAGCUGCAGAAGUUCACGGACCACGCCUUCAGCCUGCGCUAUGCGCUCUCCUGCCUCCGCACUGGCACCAUUGACAUCACCUCCACCCUCCAGACCCCCCGCCCCACUGCCACUGCUGCCACUGCUUCCGCUGCUCCUGCUCCUGUUCCUGCUCCUGAUGCUGCUGGUGCUCCUGCUGCAGAUGCUGCUGGUGCUCUGGCUGCUGAUGCUGCUGCUGCCGCUGCUGCUUCUGAGCCUGUACAGGGAGAGGUGGUCACAGCAGGUGUGGGUUCUACUGCAGAUGUCCCUACCCCAGAAGACGCCUGGUCCACGCGCAGUGUAGCCGACUCUGCCUCCACUGCCGACCCCUCUGACCUCCCCCUCCCCAUUCCGUCCCACCUGGUCGCCUCCUCCUCCUCCCAGUCCCUGCCUGACUCUGUCAAUACAUCACACCAACCCUCCUCACAUGCUGAUCCUGAUGCUACUGCGACCGCUGUUGCUGCUGGCGCUAGCGCUUCAGGCUUGGAGCAAUCCAGGCUGCAUCAGAAGUCGCAGCUGCAUCCCCGUGCUGCCUCUUACCCUUCACUGCCAGAUGCAGAGGCAAGCGACGAUGGCUCCUCUUCCCCUGCUGCCCCUCCUCCCCCGCCGCCCUCUGCUUCUGGCGCCGCAGCUGCUGCAGAUAGCCAAGAUACUGCUGCCUCUCAGGAGACUUCUCCCUCCUCUUCUGCUGCUGCUGUCCCUGCUGCAGCAACACUACCAACAUCAUCAUCAUCAACAGCUCCAUCAGCAGCAGCAGUGCUAGCCUCUAGAGCCACAUUCAACCGAGUAGAAGUCCUUCGAACCGAGAGCCUGCAGGGCCUCGCCCCGGCCACGCUGCACCGCCUCUUGCGCCGCGACUUCGACCUCGUGGUGUCCAUCGUGCCGCUCCCCAAGCCCCUCAAUGCCGUCGUUCCUGAUGGCUCCGGCCCUGCGCACUUCGGCCCCCCCGCCCCCGCGUUCCUCUCUCCCUGGGCCAAGCUGUUUCUGUACGCCAAGACCGCCUCUGGGCCGGUUUCUGUGGUGCUGAUGCGGGGGCUGCGGCUCCGGCUGUUACCGCCGCCACUGGUUACGUGUGACAAGGCGCUCGUGUGGACGUGGGAUGGGAUGGCAGUGGGGGGCGUAGGGGCGAAGUCGGAGGGAUCGUUGGUCCCGGGGACGGUGCUGCUGCACGUGCUGAACAGCCUGCUCAGGCACUCGGCGGUGAUGGUACAACCCUUGGCUGCUCCUCCGGCCUCUGUGCCUGCUUUCUCACGCUCAGGGUCUAAUACAGGAGCGAGAGGAGGGGGAGGGGGAGAGAAGGCAGGGUUUGCAUCAUGGGUUGGGGAGGAUGGGGCGGGGGAGGGGAUGGGGGAGGGCGUGGGUUGUCUGACCGAGGAGGGGCAGCCGGAUGUCGCCACCAUUGCGCUCCCUCUCCCCCCGCGGCCUCGGUCCGUGGGUGAUGCUGGCGAGGCAUGUGCGGCAGAGAAGGGGGUCGCAGGGGAGAGGACAGCAGGGGAUGGGGCGACGCAGCAGCAGCAGGGGGGGAGAUCGCUGGGACGGUCGAGGCUGGCGAGUGGUGGGGGGGAAGGGGAUGUGGUGGAGAGGGAGUCAGGAGGUCAAGGAGGGGUUGCAGCAGAGGGUGCGAGCGUGCAGGCAGUAGAGCAGGGAGCAGGGCAGCACGGAGCAGCAGGGCAGCAGGGAGCGGUAGGGCAGCAGGGAGCAUUGCUGCAGUGGGAGGAGGAGUCGCCAAUAGUGGCGGCAGCAAGGCGCGCAGCGGAGGUGCUUGCGCUGGACGCAGUGGGGUUCGUGAGGGUCAUACGAACAGAGGCAGGGGAGGAGGAGGAGGAGGAGGAGGGUCGGGAAGAGGGUGGUGCUGCUGGCACUGGCGGUGGUGGGGGUUUGAGAAUAGAUGUUUCUGGUGGAGCAGGGAGCGGGGAAACCAGCCAAGGCAAGGGGCGCAGGGGGCAGUGGGUGGCGCACAGCAUAGAGUACGGCAUCCCGCUCUUCGACACGCGCCUCUGCUGCCAGGUGUGCGAAACCAUCGUCGCCCAGAACAUGCUCACCCCGGCGCAGCUCGCCUCGCAGCGUGUCUCCACGCUCGCCCUGCGCUCCGCCCUCCGGGAAUUCAUCUGUGACUACCGCCAGCACGGCCCCGUGUCCCGGGCGGUCUACACCGGUAAUGUGGCGCUCCUAAGGUCCACCUCUCGCCGCUGGUCCGCUUCGUUUGCCGCCUCCGCUGCUGCCGAUUCGCCCUUCUCCGUGCUACUGCCCAGGAGGACUGUGAGGCAUGUGCCGCCGUCGCCGUCUGGGAGGGGUGCGGGGGAGAGGGGUGUAGGGCGGGGGAGAGGGAAGAGAGGGGGGGAGAUGGGGAGUGCGAUUGCUGCAGCGGUGGCAGCGGUGGAUGCAGAGAAGGGGGAGGGGAGAGGGAGGAGGGGGCACAAGCACCGGCUGAGUCGAAACUUCUCAGAGUUCUGGUUCCUGCCUGAGAACCAGGCGCCCAGCUUCGCAGCGAGACAAGACGAUCCGCAGGAUCCUGACGCGCAAUCAAAUCGUGAUCCUAGCUUCACAUCAGAGGAGGAAGAAGACGAUCUCUGCCGCCCGGCGUACCCCGGAGUGAACAUGAUCUUCGACGGCCACCUGCUUCUGCCAAUCGACCUCUCCACCUACCUGCACGGGCGGCAAACGUCGUCUCUUGUGGCCCGUGCAACCUCUGUGUCGCAACAGUCGAUCAUGUGGUGACAAUGAUGGAGGUGGGAUGAUGGCAACGGGAGAUUGGGGUUGAUCGAAAACAUGGUGAUGACAAAGGGAUGGAUGACCAUGGUGGCCAUGGUGACCAUGGUGAUGGAUGUAUGGUGCUGCCAUCACACACCCAUUUCGUGGGGAAUAACCUCCAAUAGUAGAGAUUUUUCCCUGGCUGCUGUACUGACCAAAGCAACAAUGAAUGUGCAGUGCAGGUCCUAUUCCUUGACAGCGGGCCUCCAGAACACAAACUAUCUCUGUGCAUGCGUUCUUUUUUCUCUAAGCGUACUUCCUUGGGUGCAUGUGG